AUGCCGCUGACACAGCCCCUGCGGUGCAGGCUUCGUCCCUCCCUCCACUCUCGAAUCAAGCUCACCCGUGGCUCGGACCAACGCCGGGUACUUACCUCCUUGCCUUCGCUCUUUAAAUCUUUCAAACCUUUUCCCUCCCAGGUUCGACCUCGUUCCUUCGAGUCAGUCACUUCGUUCCCCAUGACGCAAACCAGAAGCCACGCCGGCCACAGCCAUGGCCCCGGCCAUCACCACCACCAUCACGACAAUGUAUACUUGACUUCUACAAACAAACAUGACGCCGGUGUGCGCAUUACCCGGAUUGGCCUGGUUGCCAACCUGGCAAUGGCCAUCAGUAAAUUCAUUGGAGGCUACGUUUUUCAUUCACAAGCCCUGAUCGCCGACGCGUAUCACGCCCUUACCGACUUGGUCUCCGAUUUCUUGACCCUGGGAACGGUCGCAUGGUCCCUCAAACCCCCGAGUGAACAAUUCCCACAUGGAUACGGAAAGGUGGAGAGCAUCGGUGCUCUGGGAGUGAGUGGACUGUUACUAUGUGGUGGUGUAUUUAUGGGUCUCAAUGCAGGACAGGUCCUGCUGGCCCAUUGUUACCCGGACUUGGCAGAAACUCUUGGUCAUAUUGGAAUACUCGGACAUGGACAUGGACAUUCACACAGCCAUGGCCUUGAUGUGAUGGGCCCUAGCAUUCAUGCCGCUUGGAUAGCAGGAGGGUCAAUUGUCGUCAAGGAGUGGCUAUACCGUGCAACCAUGAAAGUAGCCGAAGAGCGCAAGUCGUCCGUGCUUGCAUCCAAUGCCAUCCACCACCGAAUUGAUUCACUCACCAGCAUUGUCGCCUUGGCCACGAUUGGUGGAAGUUAUGUUUUCCAAGACGCCACCUGGCUGGAUCCGGUUGGUGGCCUUUUGAUCUCUCUCAUGGUCAUUAAGGCUGGAUGGGGUAACACUAUUACUGCCCUGUUGGAGCUGGCUGAUACCACGGUGGAUGAUGAAAUUAAAACCUCCGUCCAAACUGCUGCCUCCAAGGCACUAAAGGAGGUUGAAGACGGAGAGCAGGUGAUCGUUCGUGAUGUCCAAGGUAUGAAGUCUGGACAAAACUACCUGAUGGAUAUUGAGCUUGCCGUGCCGGGAGCCUGGGCUAUCACUCGCUCUCGAGUGAUCGAAGAAGCUGUUCGCAAAACGAUCGGCUCUGGAGUUCGAGGAGUAAAGCGUGUCAAGGUUCGCUUUGUCCCCGUGGAGGAACAGGAGCUUACCUUUUCGGAGGAGUUUGUCUCCCAGGAUUCUGGAGCAAACCCCGAGCUUGUUGAUGACCAUGAUCAUGACCAUGCCCAUGCCUCUGGGUCUCAUUCUCAUGAGGACCAUACCUCUCAUAAGAGGCGCUGA